AUGAUGCAGCGGGCCUGGCGCAGCGCGGGGGCUCGCCCGUUCCUGCUGGCGCUGCUGCUGGUGCAUCUGCCGGCGGGUCGCAGCCACCGAGCCACGGGGCCCCGGUUUUUAAUAAGCGACCGUGACAGAGACCCCCAGUGUAACCUGCAUUGCUCCAGGUCCCAGUCCAAACCCCUGUGUGCCUCUGAUGGCAGAACAUACGAGUCGAUGUGUGACUACCAGAGAGCCAAGUGCCGUGAGCCGAGUCUGAGCGUGACACAUCGUGGCCGCUGCAAAGAUGCUGGCCAAAGCAAGUGUCGAUUAGAGAGAGCUCAAGCGCUGGAACAGGCAAAGAAGCCCCAGGAAGCAGUCUUCAUCCCAGAAUGCAAUGAGGAUGGAUCAUUCAUGCAGGUGCAGUGCCAUACCUACACUGGAUACUGCUGGUGUGUGACACCUGAUGGCAAGCCUAUUAGCGGCUCUUCUGUACAGAACAAAACUCCUGUAUGUUCAGGUUCUGUAACUGAUAAACCAUCAAGCCAGGGUAAUUCAGGAAGGAAAGAUGAUGGUUCGAAGCCAACGCCUACCAUGGAAACCCAACCUAUUUUCGAUGGAGAAGAAAUCACAGCACCCACCCUUUGGAUUAAGCACUUGGUCAUCAAAGAUUCCAAAAUGAACAGCUCCAAUAUAAGGAAUUCAGAAAAAGUUCACUCCUGUGACCAGGAGAGGCAGAGUGCCCUGGAGGAGGCCCGGCAGAACCCGCGGGAGGGUAUCGUCAUCCCCGAGUGUGCUCCUGGAGGACUCUACAAACCAGUGCAAUGCCACCAGUCAACUGGGUACUGCUGGUGUGUCCUGGUGGACACAGGACGUCCCCUGCCCGGUACUUCCACUCGGUAUGAGACCCCAGUGUGUGAGAGCGAUGCCAGAUCAAAGAGCACAGAGGUUGAUGAUCCCUUCAAGGACAGAGAACUUCCAGGCUGCCCAGAAGGGAAGAAAAUUGAAUUUAUUACCAGCUUACUUGAUGCUCUGACUACGGACAUGGUACAGGCUAUUAACUCAGCAGCACCUACUGGGGGUGGGAGGUUCUCUGAGCCAGACCCCAGCCACACACUAGAGGAGCGAGUGGUACACUGGUAUUUCAGCCAGCUGGACAACAACAGCAGCAAUGACAUCAACAAGCGGGAGCUAAAGCCUUUCAAACGUUAUGUGAAGAAGAAAGCCAAGCCCAAGAAAUGUGCCCGGCGUUUCACUGACUACUGUGACCUCAACAAGGACAAGUCAAUCUCUCUGCAGGAGCUGAAAGGGUGUUUGGGAGUCAGCAAGGAAGGAGGUAGCCUGAGCAGUUUGCCUAAUGGAAAAAGACAAGGCCUUAAUCCUUUCAUAGGUCGCCUGGUGUAGCAGCAGAAGACAAGAAGGGAAGGCAGGAGCUGACCCAAAGGAAGAAAAGAUCCAGUGACAGAUGGACAGACACCUUGCUGCUUGUGAGCAAGCACGCAGCAUCAGCAACAUCCAGCGUAGCAGAAGUGGCACCCAGAACAUUUGCACUUUUAAAAAUUGGUUUGGGUUUGUUUUUAAUUGCUUUUCAGUGCCAUUAUCUAAUACUUUGGAAAGUGGAGGGAAGCAGGAUCAUGACUUUUUAAAAUUGGAACAGCUACUGAUGAUGUAAAAUUGAGUUCACUGGGACUCAAAGAAUUUUAUAUACUGUAUAUAAAUAUAUAUGUAAAUUGUACAGUUGUCUUGUACAGGGGUUGGAGUCACUGUUCUGUUCCUCCCUUUGCUUUUGAAGGCUAUUAGGGUUAGAGGGACACUUUGCAUUUAAUGGAUGAUAGUAAUGCAUUCAUUUCUGCCACCAAACCAUCAUUCAGCGGCGAGCCUUAAGAGCACCUCCAUGCAAUUCAUCCAUGUAUCAGGAUGAAUUGUUCUUGCAGAUGUGCAUGCAGUGCCGCAGACACAAAAUGCUUCUUGAGAGCAGCUGAACCCCUUUUCUUUAAAACUCUGCAACUCAGGCAGUUGGGCUUUUGAGAGCACAGAUUCCAUAUAAGUAUUGGUGCACUGCACAGCUGCUUAAAGUAGGGAUAGAAAAGGGUUGUAUUAGGGAAGUACAAAAGUGGUUUAUGCACUUGUUGCAGUUGGGCAGAAAUGAAAUACAAAUGCAUUGCUAUUCAUGCUCAGAUAACAUGCUUAGCAAAGAUGUGCCAUGCCUCUGGAAUCUAAAGCUGUAGGAAGGAUGUGGAAGCCAUAGGCCUAGUAGAGUCAGUGAAGUCUUGCAUCUUCCACUCUGACAAAGUGUUCAUCUGUAUGUUGUACAGCAAUAAACAUUUUGAGAAGCCUGAUAAAAGCAGCACCAGCCUGCCUUGUGCUUUGCUGAAGAGCAAAGAACAUACUUGUCAGUGCAGACAGACACAGUCGUGCUGCUGGUCCCCAAUAGUCUGCUUUACUUCUUUCAGCAGUACAGCCUGGGCCAUGCUUACUGGUGAAGGUCUGUCAGCAGUGACUUUUCUUGUCCUUGGUGGUUGUGAAUCCAAGCUCUCCUCCUGCACAGUGCUGUGCCUGCCCACUUUGCCUGUUCUGCUGUUGCCAGUACCUCGUGGGUACCGUGGCACUGGGGUGUGAUUAGCAGUAACAGUGAAGGCUUGGAGUGAGGAGUUCUGGUGUUCUUGGA